GCGGGGCUCCGGCGCGGCGCCCAGGAUGAGGACGCGGCCGCAGGUGUGCGAGGCGCUGCUCUUCGCCCUGGCGCUCCACACCGGGGUGUCCUAUGGCAUCAAGUGGCUGGCACUGUCCAAGACCCCCGCCGCCUUGGCGCUGAACCAGACGCAGCACUGCAAGCAGCUGGAGGGCCUGGUGUCCGCGCAGGUGCAGCUGUGCCGCAGCAACCUGGAGCUCAUGGGCACGCUGGUGCUGGCCGCCCGGGAGGCCAUGAAGGCCUGCCGCAGGGCCUUCGCCGACAUGCGCUGGAACUGCUCCUCCAUCGAGCUCGCCCCCAACUACCUGCUCGACCUGGAGAGAGGGACGCGGGAGUCUGCCUUCGUGUACGCGCUGGCCGCCGCCGCCAUCAGCCACGCCAUCGCCCGGGCCUGCACCGCCGGCGACCUGCCCGGCUGCUCCUGCGGGCCCGUCCCAGGUGAGCCCCCCGGGCCCGGGAACCGCUGGGGAGGAUGCGCGGACAACCUCAGCUACGGGCUCCUCAUGGGGGCCAAGUUUUCCGAUGCUCCUAUGAAGGUGAAAAAAACAGGAUCCCAAGCCAAUAAACUGAUGCGUCUACACAACAGUGAAGUGGGGAGACAGGGGCCACGCCCUCACCCCAGGGGCCACGCCCUCACCCCAGGGGCCACGCCCUCUCCCCAGGGCCACGCCCUCUCCCAGGGGCCACGCCCUCACCCCAGGGGCCACGCCCUCACCCCAGGGGCCACGCCCUCCUCCCCAGGCCACGCCCUCACCCCGGCCUCGGGCGGCAAGCUGGCCCCGCCGGGAGCCCGCGCCCAUCUCUCCGCUCCGUGA